GUACUGGACUUUGUUCCUAGAUCGAAGCUAUAGAACGGCGCCAUGACCCUUUUGUUGCGUGGGGCCUCGGGACCCCCUCCCGAGAUCGCCCAUAUCAUUCACGUCACUUUUGAGAGUCACCUCUCACGACUCUUACUGACAUUAUUCGGCCUUUCUAUAUCCCACUUUCAAUGGCAUUCAAUAUUGCCAGACCGAUAGCACAGUUCCACGGCCGAAGCUUGGUCAACGGAUCAGCAUCUGCCGAGCUACUCUACUCCUCGGCUAGCCUCAGUUUCUGGGGCGGAGUAAAUCCCCAAACGGGUGAUGUUGUGGAUCACCACCAUCCCUUGCGAGGUAAAUGUAUGGCUAGUCGAAUCCUUGCCAUACCAUGUGGCCGCGGAUCAUGUACCGGCAGCACCGUGAUGCUCGAACUUCUGCUGAACGAGUGUGCUCCUGCGGGGUUGAUAUUCGAGCAGCCGGAAGAGAUAGUGACACUAGGAGUCUUGGUGGGAAAGGUUCUUUUUCAGCGCUCGCUUCCGGUUAUUGUUCUCGCUUCGGAGGACUUUCAUCGAAUCAAGGACUGGCCAUUUGCCGCCAUCGAUGCGGGAAGGGUUCAACUCAGUGGCAGUCUUUUGGCAGCACCACCGCUGCAGCUCAAUAGUCUAGCGAGUCAGGUUGAGCUCUCUCAAUCCGAUCAGAGUAUACUUGCAGGGGCAAAAGGUACGGCUGCAAAGGUUGCCCUACAGACCAUUCUUCAUUUUGCUGCUAUUCAGGAGGCAACGUGUCUUAUCGAUGUCUCACGCGCUCAUAUCGACGCCUGCAUUUACACUGGCCCGGCUAGUCUCAAAUUCGCACAGUCUUUCCAAGCUAUGGGGGCUCGAUUUGCGCUUCCAACGACGCUAAACUCCAUAUCUAUCGAUCAACGUCGAUGGAAAGAGCUCGGGGUUGAUCCUGAGCUGGCAGAACAGGCUGGCACACUCGCCAACAUCUAUCUAUCCAUGGGCGCGCAGCCCAGCUUCACAUGUGCACCAUACAAUCUUGAUUCCGCCCCGAAGGAGGGUGAAAAUAUCGGGUGGGCAGAGUCGAACGCGGUCGCAUUUGCCAACAGUGUUCUUGGGGCACACACGCAGAAAUACCCAGACUUUAUCGACGUGUGUAUUGCAUUGACGGGACGAGCUCCUUCCGCCGGGUGUCAUACAGUCGAAGGCCGUCGUCCCGGAAUUUGCAUCCAAGUACAUAGCAUUCCAGACUCCGUCGACGAUGCAUUCUACCCAGCUCUUGGAUAUGCUGUCGGUAAGAUUGCCCAGCACCGCAUUCCCCUAGUCUGUGGUAUCGAUCACCUCAACCCGCAACGGAUGGAUCUCAAAUCGUUCAGCGCGGCCUUCGCUACAACUUCGUCUGCGGCCAUGUUUCAUAUCAACGGAGUGACUCCGGAGUCUGCACGAUUUGCCAGCCUCGAGGCCCGUCUACCCCACUUCCAAAUCACGGCCCCCGAUAUCUUGGAAUGCCGACGAGGCUUGAACUCCGCCCCUGACCCAUCGGUUGGGUUAGUAUCGCUCGGUAACCCGCAUUUCGCCAUGGAGGAAUUUGAAAGCCUGUCUCGGCUUUGCGCGAGGCGGACGAAAAGCCCAUCAGUUGAGCUCAUCAUCACCACAAGUCGCAGCACUUAUGAGCUUGCGUUCACUGCUGGCAUAAUAACCACCCUCGAGGACUUUGGCGCGGUGAUAAUUACCGAUACAUGCUGGUGCAUGCUUGGGGAGCCGGUUGUGCCGAAAUCGGGUAGCAACAUCAUGACCAACUCAGGUAAAUACGCACAUUAUGCGCCCGGAAUGGUCCAUCGGGGGGUUCAUUUCGGGAGUCUGGCGCAGUGCGUCAAUGCGGCUUGCACGGGGAAAUUUUUAGAUAUCCUAGAUGCUACAGACGAGAAGCAGUACUAGUAGACACUACAUU